ACUCCAAAGCCGCCAUCUUCUCACGCACACGGCACACCGCGCAUCCCCUGCUCUCGGCAGUCUCCGCGGGCUCCCUCCUCCGCCGCCGCUUCCAUGGACUCCACGCCGGCACCCGAGGCAGCCCCCGGCGCGUCCUCUUCCUCUCCCGCCGCUGCCGCGGCCGCCGAGGGUCUUGCGGGGGGCGUGGCGGCGAUGACCCUGGAUGAGCGGUUCGAAAUGCUGCGGGGCAUCGGGGAGGAGUGCAUCCAGGAGGACGAGCUCAGGCGACUGCUUGAGAACAAGCCCGUACCCAUCUGCUACGACGGCUUCGAGCCCUCUGGACGCAUGCACAUCGCUCAGGGCGUUGUGAAGACCAUCAACGUGAACAAGAUGGUCAACGCCGGGUGCAAGGUGAAAAUUUGGAUCGCCGACUGGUUCGCGCAGCUCAACAACAAGAUGGGAGGCGACCUGAAGAAGAUCCAGACGGUAGGGCGCUACAUGAUCGAGAUUUGGAAAGCGGCUGGGAUGAACCUUGACGGGGUGGAGUUCCUGUGGUCCUCCGAGGAGAUCAACAAGCGCGCACACGAGUACUGGCCAAUUGUGAUGGACAUUGCCCGGAAAAACAACGUCAAAAGGAUAAUGAGAUGCUGCCAGAUUAUGGGCAGAAGUGAUCAGGACGACUUGACUGCUGCCCAGAUUUUUUACCCUUGCAUGCAAUGUGCUGAUAUAUUUUUCUUAAAGGCUGACAUAUGCCAGUUGGGGAUGGACCAAAGGAAGGUCAACGUGCUAGCUAGGGAGUACUGCGAUGACAUCAAACGGAAGAACAAACCAAUUAUUCUUUCGCAUCAUAUGCUCCCUGGUUUUAAAGAAGGCCAGGAGAAAAUGUCAAAGAGUGAUCCAUCCUCAGCUAUCUUUAUGGAAGAUGAUGAGGCCCAAGUUAAUGUGAAGAUAAAGCAAGCCUUUUGCCCUCCCAAAAUUGUUGAGGGGAAUCCUUGUUUGGAGUAUAUUAAAUACAUUGUUUUCCCUUGGUUUGGAAGAUUUGAGGUCAUCCGUAAGGAAAGCAAUGGUGGUAACAAGACAUUUACAUGCAUGAAUGAACUAAUUUCUGAUUACGAGACUGGUGCUUUGCAUCCUGCCGAUGUCAAACCUGCACUGGCAAAAGCAAUAAAUGAAAUUUUGCAGCCUGUUCGUGAUCAUUUCAACAACAACAACGAAGCCAAAGUUCUUCUUAACACUGUCAAGAAGUACAGAGUAACCAAUUGAGGAGUGGAAGCUGUCCAUCUUUAGGGCAUGUUUACAUUAGGGUGGAUAUCGCCGUUUGAAAUUCUUGUAUGCUAUUCUGUUACUAGUUGCAUAGGUAGCUCAAAAGUUUCAUGUUUCUAGAUAUAUAAAAAGAAUACUUUACUUGUUGACUACUUGAUGUGCAUCAUAGGGCUCAACCUAAACAGUGUUGCACUGUAAGUAUUCGAUAAAAGAUAAACAAAGCCAAUAUCCAGGAG